GCUUCCCUUCCACCUCAACAAUCUCUCUCUCUCUCGUUCUUUGAGCUUCACCUUCCCAAUCUACUCUGCAAUCUUUGCUUCUCUCUCUCCUGCACCAGAUUGCGCUCAGGGGUAGCUGACGGCGCUCUAUAGUAACUUCAUUGGCUUCGAAGGGCUUCCAUUGUUGUCCUAUCUUUGGGAAGAUCAAAUGUAUUAAUUUAUUCUUCAUAGAUUCUUGCAUCUACAGAUCGUGAUUCGUGCAGAGAAUUCUGGAGGCUGGACUAUGUACAGACUGACUCUGCUGUGAGCCCGCCUCCCCGUUUUAACGAGGAUCAACCAUAGCCCACAUCUACUAAACUAAAAUGUCAGGUCUUGAAGGGUUUGGCACUCACGAUGAAAUUAGAGAGAGGAGGUUGGAUUUUGAGUACUCUGAAGAUGAAAGGCGGCGGUCCAAAAUUGGAACACUCAAAAAGAAAGCAAUAAAUGCUUCAUCUAAGUUCACUCAUUCUCUUAAGAAAAGAGGGAAAAGGAAAAUCGACUAUAGGGUUCCACCUGUUUCCAUUGAAGAUGUGCGAGAUGCACAGGAGGAAACUGCUGUCCUAGAACUGCGUCAAAAACUAUGUGAGAGAGGAUCGUUACCUACUAGGCAUGAUGACUAUCAUACAUUGUUGAGGUUUCUGAAAGCUAGGGAUUUUAACAUUGAGAAGACUAUCCAGAUGUGGGAGGAAAUGCUUACAUGGAGAAAAGAAUAUGGGGCAGAUUCCAUCCUUGAGGAUUUUGAAUUUGAAGAGCUUGAAGAAGUACUGCAGUAUUACCCACAAGGUUAUCAUGGAGUCGAUAAGGAAGGAAGACCAGUGUACAUUGAGAGACUCGGGAAAGCUCAUCCAAGCCGGCUCAUGCGCAUAACAACAAUUGAUCGGUAUGUGAAAUAUCAUGUCCAAGAGUUUGAGAGGGCUCUGCUGGAGAAAUUUCCUGCAUGUUCCAUUGCAGCGAAGAGACGGAUUUGUUCGACAACAACAAUAUUGGAUGUACAGGGCUUGGGAAUGAAAAACUUCUCACCUACUGCUGCGAAUCUCUUGGCCACUUUGUCAAAAAUAGAUAACAAUUACUAUCCUGAGACUUUACAUCGGAUGUAUAUCGUGAAUGCUGGCACUGGUUUCAAAAAGAUGCUUUGGCCUGCUGCUCAAAAGUUUCUUGAUGCCAAAACUUUAUCAAAGAUACAGGUUCUUGAACCCAAGUCUUUACACAAACUACUUGAGGUCAUUGACUCUAGUCAACUACCAGACUUUUUGGGAGGAUCAUGUACGUGUCCUGUAGAGGGUGGAUGUCUUAGGUCUAACAAGGGUCCAUGGAACGAUCCUGAUAUCAUGAAGCUGGUACAAAAUUCGGAGGGAACAUUUGUGAGGCAAAUCACAAGAGUAUCCAGGGACCACCAGAAUUUUGGCCCUCACAUUCAGCUACGCCCGCUGAAGGGAAGAUUUAGUGAUACGUCAACAGCUGAAUCAGGUUCUGAUAUUGAUGAUCCCUGUUCUCCCUUGGGACAGAGGAGUUCUACUUAUUCUCGUUUAGAUCCAGUUCAUGAAGAAGUCAGGGUAUUAGAAUCCAAUGCAUGCUAUAGUUGUGAUGAUAGCACCAUUCCUGCUGCUGAGAAAGCGGUCAAAAGUGAUAAAUGUCGCCAUAACGAGGAUCAGCCUCUUCAAAAUGCUGAUAUGAGGAAUAUUGCUCGCAGGGGAAAUUCAGAAGGCACUUUGCUCAGGCAUUGGUUCAACAUUUUUAAGGAGAAAAUAGAGAGAAGGGAUUUCUUCUAUGUGGCAAGAGUUCUGUUAUCUUUCUUGGAUAAGCUUGUUGCGUACUUCUGUGGUCUAAAAUUUGAAGUUUGGAGAUCUCAGAACAGUGUUUCCCCACCCGAUCCUGUCGAACAUAACACCAAUAACCCAUCACCAGCAGUGGGAGCAGGUGAUGAAAGGGAUCAUAAUUUUCCUCAUGAACAAUAUGAACAGCGUCUUCAGAAACUAGAACAAGCGUUUGAGGAACUUAGCAAAAAACCUACUGAUAUGCCUCUGGAGAAGGAGGAAAUGCUAAUGGAAUCCUUAGAUAGGAUUAAAUCAGUUGAGUUUGACCUUGAAAAGACGAAGAGGGUACUACAUGCCACAGUGAUGAAGCAACUUGAGAUUUCUGAGUCGGUGGAUAACUUGCAGGAAGCAAAGUGUCGACAAAGAAGAUUGUUCUGUUGAAUUGACAUCAAGAUUGCAGGCAGGAGUCCGUGACAUCUCAGCCUUAGUCUCGUUUCAUUAAAAAUACACUUUGACUUGUUACAAACUCUCUCACGGAACAAGGUUUGAGGCAAAGUGACCGUGCACGCCGUUCAAGCAUUAUCGGUGGCUGUGUCGUACACUUGGAAGAGACAGACGUGAACCUAUUGGGAUGCGGCCCCUUUGUUUAUUGCAAAAAAUGCUUCAUUUCCCACUACAUCCUUUGAUAGUUGAGAAAAGAAGGCGAAUACAAAAGCUCUAUAGAGCUGAGAAUUUUUUCUUUUUAAUGCCCUUUGGAGAAUUUUGAUCACAAGACACUGUUUCAAGGAUACAUUUUAGUGACACUGACCCGUAAAGGGGAGAGUAAAAGGUUAAAAAAAAACAAAAGAUUGGGGGUGGUAGUGUUUAGGCAUCUCGGAGGGCCCAAGAGAGUGGGGACAUGAGAAUAUGUACAUAAAUGUUCUAGAUAUGUGCAUUAAUCAGCUUGAGAAAGCCAUGUGUCUUAAAUAUUGAAUGUA